UGAUCAACAGUCUUUGCAAAAUGUGUUGCCAUUAGAGGACGAGGGAAUUCUGGGUUAUAAUUUUCAAUAUGGCGGACAAAUUGACUUACUAUGAAAUACUUGGAGUUGGCAAAGAAAGCAGCUUAAAAGAGAUUGCUAAAGCUUAUAGGAAAAAGGCGCUGAAAUGUCAUCCUGAUAAGAAUCCUGAUAACCCACGAGCCCUUGAAUUAUUUCAUGAGCUCUCAAAGGCAUUAGAGGUACUCAGUGAUCCAAAAGCAAAAGCUGCUUACGAUGCUGUACUGAAGGCUAAGGAACUAGCAAGGUUACGAACACAGGCUUUGGAUGCAAAGAGAAAAAAAUUUAAACAAGAUCUUGAAGCAAGGGAGGAUGCAGCUAAAACAGAAAAGGAAAAUGAUGAAAUGGCUGCUAAGAAUUUAGAAGCUGAAAUUAAGAGGUUGAGAGAGGAAGGAUCCAAGCUUCUAAAGGAACAACAAGAACUUCUCAGAGAUCAGUUAAAGAAGGAAGUUGAAUCUGAUCAGUAUAAUACAACCUACCAAAAUGUCACUCCAAAAUUGAAGGUGAGGUGGAAAAGCAAGAAAUCUGAUUUAACAAAUGGUGGAUAUACACAAGAAAUGAUCAGGUCACUAUUAGAAAAGUAUGGCGAAGUGAGUUAUGUGAUUGUAUCUUCCAAGAAGAAGGGAAGUGCUGUGGCAGAGUUCACAUCAAUGGCUAGUGCUAAACUUGCAGUAGAGAAUGAGCUUGGUAUUCCAGAUAACCCUCUAAAAAUCUCCUGGUUGGAUGGAGAACCAUGUUCAAAUAAUGCAAAGGCAGAAACUGACCCAGGGAUUUCAAAGUUAACAAGAGAUUUUGGUGAAGCUUCAGAUAAAUAGAAGGUUCCCGAGACAUAUUACCCCUCAGACAGCAACAUAUCUUCCAGAGAUUAUGAAAGUGUGGUGUUGAUGAAACUUCGCCAGUUUGAGGAAAGGAAACGAUUGAUCAGAGAAAUGGAAGUGGAAGAAAAUCAGUGACAACCAAGUCAAGCGUCUAUCCGCAAUUUAAGACAGGGUAUCCCUUGCAGAAACUUUCUUGAAAGCCAGUUCCUGUUUCUCUUUAAAUAGCUGGAUAAACCAAAGGCCACGAGGUUGUGCCUUUUGUGGCACAGUAAUCUGCCGCAUUGCUAGGUUACAUGUUAAACAAAAUUUAACGGAGAACAUUAGACAGCAAUUAAGAACAUCUUCUCAUUAUUCUUGAGUCACAUUUAAUUUACAAAUCAUCUGCAUUGAGAGUGGUUGGAAUCAAACUGCUUGAAAUAUGGUGCUUUGUGAAAAGGUAUAAAUUAAAGUAGUCAAAAUAAAGAAAAUAUGUAAUUUUGAGGACCACAUGAAUUUUUACAUAUGAACAAUUGAUUGAGUGCAUCUAUGUUAUCCUUUUUCCAGUGGGUGCAUGGCUGCAAUGGAAAAAAGUAUACAUUUCCUCCUUAAGUUGUGUAACAGAGGAACCAACAUUAAAUAACAGUAUUCCUCCUUAAAAAGUUCUUUGAGAAGGUUGACAGUAUCAAAUAGACUUUUAAUUGAAUAGAGAAUCAUUUGACUUUAGUCAAGUUCUUAUCAUGAAACUGAACCUCUAAUGAUAAUCUCUGUGUUUCAUGGUUUCAUGGGACUGCACAAGUUACAUUAAAAAAUAAUUCAAAUCUGC